ACCGCGUUUGUAAACAGUUGUUUGGUUGGGAUGAGUCGGAGACGAUCGGCCUGGAAAUUGUGAAAAUUGACUGCAUUUCGGUGCAUUUUGGAGACUAGGAGGUGGACUAUGUGCAUCAGCGCCUUCUAGUGCGUAGGAAAUAUCUCAGCACAAUGAAUAUCGCGUUUGCACCUUUAGCGAUCUUGCUGCUCUUUUUGGGCCCAGCAGUGGCGCAACGGCAGAAUCAGAACCAGCAGCAGAAUCAAAGAAUUCCUGUGAUUGACACACCUCUGUAUCAGCAAGAGGACACCUCGCGAAACAACGUGGACAGCAACAACCUCCACGUUGAAGAUGCGAGUUACUUCAUAGUGGCCAGCAAAAUUGUGCGUCCAGGCCAGUUGUACCGCGUGGCCGUGACCAUCAUGCGCAGCAACCUGCCCGUCACUGUCAAGGCCACAAUUCAGCGCAAUGGCGUUGAAGUGGCCGCCGCUAGACAAAUAGCUGCCCUUGGAGUGACCGAGACCCUGACCCUGAAGGUCCCUCCGACCAGCGUCAAGGGUCACUAUAGACUGAGAAUUGAAGGCAUCUUGGACGACAUGUUGGGCGGAAUCUUCUUCCAAAACGACACGCAGCUCCAGUUCUCGCCCAGGUCGAUGACUAUUUUCGUUCAGACUGACAAGCCUGUCUACGUCCAGGGCCAAACAGUUCGGUUCCGCACUGUGCCAAUCACAACUGAAUUGAAGGCUUUCAACGAUGCUGUUGAUGUGUUCAUGCUCGACCCUCACAGGACCAUCAUGAAACGAUGGUUGUCAAGACAGUCCAACUUGGGAACUGUGAGCUUGAACUACCAACUGAGCGACCAGCCUGUCUUUGGCGAAUGGACCAUUCGUGUGGAAGCGCAAGGCAUGAUUGAAGAAGCAAGUUUCACCGUCCUGGAGUACUACCAGACUCGCUUUGAAGUCAACGUCACCAUGCCUGCCUUUUUCCUCGAGUCGGAUGGCUACAUUUAUGGCACUGUCAUGGCCAACUACACAAGCGGAGCUCCUGUCUACGGCAACCUCACCCUGAAAGCCACCAUCACACCGAUCUCACCUCAAGGUCUGCCAAGACAAAGGGAGUUCAAUACCACAAGAGACACCCCAGGCUACAGAGUUUUCAGAGAGCAACAAGCCGUUGAAAAGUUUUUCACUUUCAAGGAGGAUUUCCCGUUCUGGUACGACACUCCUGCAUUCAUUGAUGAUGAAAGAGAAGUUCCUCAGCUCAAACACUUUUACGGAAUCCAUCACUUCCGUUACCCUCUGGCUGACUUGUCGAGAUUUGUCUCUUCGCUGUCGGGUAUGGAGAUCCGUGUGACAGCAUCUGUUGGUGAGCGAUUCCUUGAUGAAAUUGUGACUGGAUACUCAACUGCCAGGAUCUACAACACAACCCUCAAGGUUGCCUUCUUGGGAGGUAGCCCGCAAGUUUUCAGACCAUCCAUGCCAUUCCACUGCUACGUUGCUGUGUCCUACCACGACAACUCUCCACUUGACAUUGAAAGAUUAAAAAAGAGCAAAAUGGAAAUCAGCGCUGAGGUUGUGAUGAGAACCGGCGGAAGAAGAAACAUAGACACACAGCUGGUGAAGAUGUCUGCUGAAAAUCCAGGAAUUUACGCUUUGAAGAUUGACUUGCGGUCUCAACUUGGUGGUGAAGAAGCAGCCGAGAGACGUAUCAGAGAGAUGCUGAAUGAUGUGGCUAGUUUAAAACUCACAGCAAACUUCAAAGAUUCGAAGGAUGGCUUCCGAACAACUGCCGAACUCACAGCUGUCAGUCAUUGGUCCCCAAACAACCAGCACCUGAAAGUUUACACUUCCACAAAGCACGCAAGGGUUGGUGAAUACUUGAUUCUGCACGUCCAGAGCAAUGCCAUUCUGGAUAGCUUCUCAUAUGUUGUGCUGGCCAAAGGAUUGGUUUUGUACGCUGGUCAGGAGAAAAUGUUUUCCACCGUCCACACCAUGGCAUUGACAUUGAGUCCAGAAAUGGCGCCAGCAGCCACUGUCAUUGUCUAUCACCCUGCAAGCAGAGGUGUUGCCCUUGCAGAUACACUGACGUUCCCUGUCGAUGGAAUUUCCAGGAACAACUUCACCGUUCUCAUCAACAACCGCAAAGCUCGAACCGGACAAGUUGUUGAGGUUGCCAUUUACGGAGAGCCUGGAGCAUAUGUUGGCCUUGCUGGAAUGGACAGAGCAUUCUACACAAUGCAAGCUCCAAAUCAGAUUUCUCUGACAAAGUCUUUGCAACAGAUGUCUUUGUUUGAUUUGGAGUUGGAAGGCACAAGCCCAAUGCUUCACAAUUGGGUAUCUCACGAAGGCAACCCUGAUCAGCUGCACCACUUCCCAGCUGGCUCAAGAGGAAUUGAUGCCAAUGCCACAUUUGAAUUGGCUGGGCUGGUUGUUUUCUCGGACCGAGCACUCCCUGCCAGACCCUCUCAAUGUAACAUAACUCAAGGUUUCCGUCCUUGUCUGACGGGUUCCAGUGGCCGAUCGUCUGGCUGCUACAAAAUCAGCCAAAAGUGUGACGGCCGAAUGGACUGCCCAGAUGGAACUGACGAGUCAUUCUGUCCAAAACUUGUUGCCAACGCAGCUGAAGAUUUGAGGAAGUUCAGGGCUAACAGAUUCAGCAUGACUCAAAAGCAGUUGGACAAUGUGUGGGUUUGGACUGACGUCAACAUUGGGCCACACGGAAGAGUGCUCUUCAACAUCCCUGUCCCAUCUGUUCCCGCCCACUGGAUGGUUUCAGCGUUUGGUGUUAGCCCCACAGUUGGCUAUGGUGUCCUGGCAAAGGCUGUAGAGUAUGUCGGAGUUGUUCCCUUUUCUAUGAUUGUCGAAAUGCCAAAGCAAUGUCGCCAAGGAGAGCAAGUUGGUGUGCGAGUGGCAGUUUUCAACUAUCAGUCGGUGGACAUUGAAGCCACAGUUGUCCUUAGUACUUCCCCUGACUACAAAUUUGUUCAUGUUGAAGCCAAUGGAAUUGUGAAUUCCUACAGCCCAAGAACUUCCCACGGAGAUCAUCAGUUCUUUGUCUACAUCAAAGCCCACGAUGCAGCUAUUGUAAUGGUGCCGAUUGUGCCAACCAGACUAGGUGACAUCGAAGUCACCAUUCACGCCACUACUCUGAUGGGCAUGGACAAAGUGACACGGAAACUCCACGUAGAGGCUGACGGUCUUCCUCAGUACAGGCACCACUCAAUUUUGCUCGACUUGAGCAACCGAGCCUACGUUUUCCAAUACCUGCAUGUCAACGUCACCGAGACCCCCAUUAUUCCCUAUGAAGAGACACGCUACUACAUUUUUGGUUCAAACAAAGCUACAGUCUCGGUGGUUGGAGAUGUCGUCGGACCGAUCUUCCCCACAAUGCCUUUGAAUGCCACCUCCCUUCUCAACCUGCCCAUGGACUCUGCCGAGCAAAGCAUGUUUGGUUUUGCUGCUAACUUGUACACCACGAUGUACAUGAGGUUGAUCAACCAAAGAAACAAAACUCUGGAAAAGCAGUCCUUCCAUUUCUUGAAUGUUGGAUACCAACGACAACUUUCGUUCAGAGGUGCAGAUGGGUCUUUCAGCCUCUUCAGAUCAGACUGGAACCAUUCGUCACCAAGUGUGUGGCUCACUUCCUAUUGUGCCAGAGUUUUCCAGGAGGCCACUUUCCAAGAGUGGGAAAAUUUCAUCUUCAUUGACCCUGUCGUCAUCAGUGACGCCGUCCGCUAUGUCUUGGACCACCAAACAGUUGAAGGCUCAUUCUGGGAAGUGACUUGGUUGCCGGAUCGCAAGGCAAAUGCAACUUUGCAAUGGCCAGGAGCAGACGUUAUCGCCCAAAGGAACAUCACACUCACUGCUCAUGUAUUGAUCAUGUUGGACACUGUGAAAGAACUGCCAGGCGGUCUUGGUGCAAGAGCGUCCCUAGCGCAAAGAAAUGCAGUUCAGUGGCUGGAAAGAAAUCUGAAUUUGCUGCAUGAACAUGGAAAACCAUAUGAAGUUGCCCUCGUUGCCUACGCCCUCAUGCUAUCAAAGGCAUCACAGGCAGAAGCUGCUUUCGGAAUUCUAUCUCGACACGCUCGUACUGCUGGCGGUUUGAAAUACUGGGGUAGAGAAGAUGUUCCUCUGCCACCGCAGAAGAUGGAAAAUCAGAAGCCGUUCUUGCUCCCGCGCCUCCCUUACAAGUAUGAUUCUGAAAACAUUGAAACCACUGCAUAUGCCCUGCUCACCUAUGUGGCAAGACAAGAGCUCUUUGUAGACCCAAUUGUCAAGUGGCUUAACUCUCAGAGACUGUAUGAUGGUGGCUGGACUUCUACUCAGGACACUGCUGUGGCGAUGAAGGCCUUGAUUGAAUAUACUGUGCGCUCUCGGCUGAGAGAUGUGUCAACACUGACCGUAACUGUUGAAGCCACUGCCCUUUCUGGGCAAACCAAAAUCCUUAAAGUCACAGAGAACAACAUUGCCAACCUCCAGAAAAUUGAAAUUCCUGAAGCAUGGGGUACUGUGAAGGUUCAGGCUAAGGGUGCUGGUUACGCCAUUCUGCAAAUGAGCGUCCAGUACAAUGUGGACUUGCAAAGGUUCCAAACUGCACCUCCCGUUAAAGCCUUCGACCUCAACACUCGUGUUCAGUUCCAUGGUCGGAACCAGUCUCACAUCACUUACAAGUGCUGCCAGAAAUGGACUCAUUUGUCGGAAAGCCCCAGAUCUGGCUUGGCUGUCCUUGAGGUCGCUGUUCCCACUGGUUACAUCAUCCAGCAGCAGAAUCUGGACGCCUACGUCCAGUGGCUCGCACUGGAGGCCAAGAGAGAACACUUCCAGUCCAAUUUGAGACCGAUCGGCAGAGGACAUCAACCCAAGGAACUGCAAUCACACAGACUGCAAAGGGCCAGGUUCACAGACACCAAGGUCUACUUCUACUUUGACUAUCUCGACAACCAUGAAACUUGCAUCAACUUCACUCUUGAGAGGUGGUUCCCUGUGGCAAACAUGUCCAGGUAUUUGCCAAUCAAAGUGUAUGACUACUAUGCUCCUGAGCGGUUCAACGAAACCAUCUUUGAUGCCCUGCCAACCUACGUGCUCAACAUCUGCGAAGUUUGUGCUUCGAGUCAGUGUCCCUACUGCCCGAUUUACAACGCAGCCGUGCAUCUGGCCACCAGCCUUCCAUUCAUCGCUCUCCUCUCAUUCUGCUUACUGCUGAUUUGGAAGACCAGAGAUCCCCUCUGAGUUCUCUGGUGGAUUUAGUAUGUUUCUCCAUCGGGAGGCAGGGUGACCUCGUUCAUUAUUUUUGUAAUCCAUUUUACAAGCGAAUUUAUUAUUUCGUCCAAUUUGUGACCUCUGGUUGUGUUAUGCAGCUACAUUUUUAACAGUUAUUUUUUUUGUUUAUAUUGCCCUGCAUCUCGACAUUUUUAUGAAGCAAAAGUGGAAGCAGCUGCCUUGAUAAUUCUUAUCAAAUCAUGUAUUUUGGAGGUGUCUUAUCACAACGUCAAUUUAGCAUAAUAUUCAGGAUUUUGUAUAGUCAUAUGAGUUGUUGUUUUCACUAUUAUUUUGCAAUAUCUUGUGAUAUUCAGCAGUUCUCAUUGUGGAAACGUUGAUUUGGCUCCGCAGCCGUUUUGUAAAAAUUCUAUACAAUUUUCAGAAAUGGUAUUUGGUGCAAAAUUUAGAAUCUAAAUUGGUUCAUUUUAGUGCAGAACAUGGCAUUUUGAUUGCAUUUUGAAACAUUAAUGCCAACUUGGUGACGCCAAAAAUUUUUAUUACUAAAAUUUGUCUUAAAUUAACACAUACUCAGGGACUUCAAAUGGUGUAUUUCGUCCCGCAUUCAGACUCAAAAUUUUAACCACGUACCGAGCCAAUCUUGGACGUAACGACAGAAAGCAAUAUUGAAUACUUAGAAAUGUAUUAACAUAGAGAGAUUUUUAGAAAGUUUGGAGGAGGAUAUCAGAAUCUUGUAAUUUUAGUCGACAUUUUUAACUUGACCGUCCAUUUUGAGUGCAAGAGGAAUUCCCAGCUUCAGAAGCAAAUUUUAAAUAACCCGUCGAGACUCAUUAAUCCUUAAAAAGCUUUGCAAAUGAUCU